UUGGUAAACAAAGGAAGGAACCGAACAAGCUUGACACCCGAUUGGGUUUACAGUCUAGAACAAAAGAGAUAAAGCAGUGUUACUCCGUAGUUAUAUAUAAAUGUAUAUGUGUGUGUGUGUAUCUGAUGUUUAUUCUUUUUGUUUCUACGUGAUCAUUGAGAGCGUUGUGAUGGACGUCGACUGCACUGCACUUGGUCAACCAUAACUUAACGUAGGAGGAAAAGCUAGAAGGUGGUUAAUAUUUCAGUGCAGACAGCUGCCGACCGCGGGAUACACGCUUCCUCCGAACUCCAGACCCAACAGGAUCAACAGGCCGGAUAAUCGGGCGCUUGCGGGCACCGGUCCCAGACAGCCCGACAGCCCGGCAACCCGCUGCUCUGUUCUCCGAAGGAUGGACAUCGAGUGGUGAAGUCAGCAGAAAACUUGAGCUGCGGUCAACAUGAUGAAGGACCUUCCAGGAGACUCCAAAGACCACCAGCUGACGGUGGCACUCCGGAUCCGUCCCAUGAAUGAGGCUGAAAUAGAGGAGGGCGCUACCUUGGUAGCUCACAAGGUUGACAAUCAGAUGGUGGUUCUUAUGGAUCCCUCGGAAGACCCAGACGAUGUUCUGCGGGCUAAUCGAUCUAGAGAGAAAACAUACAUGUUUGACGUGGCCUUUGACUUUACGGCAACUCAGGAGGAUGUAUAUGUGGCCACGAUGAAGAACCUAAUUGAGGGAGUUAUUUCAGGUUACAAUGCCACCGUGUUUGCAUACGGGCCAACAGGAACAGGGAAGACCUACACAAUGCUGGGCAUCGACUCAGAGCCAGGAAUUUAUAUUCGCACCUUGAAUGACCUUUUCAAAGCUAUUGAAGAGGCCAGCGAGGACAUGGAUUGCAGUGUUUACAUGUCAUAUUUAGAAAUAUACAAUGAAAUGAUCCGUGACCUCCUGAACCCUGCCUCUGGCUACCUAGACCUGCGAGAAGAUGCCAAAGGAGAAAUCCGGAUUGCGGGAAUCACGGAGGUCUCUACCAGCAAUGCGAAGGAGAUAAUGCAGCUGCUCACCAAAGGGAAUAAGCAGCGUACCCAGGAGCCCACUGCUGCCAACAAAACAUCAUCUCGCUCCCACGCCAUACUGCAAGUCACAGUAAAGCAGAAGAGCAGAGUGAAGAACAUCAACGAGGAGGUCCGUGUUGGAAAGCUCUUCAUGGUCGACCUGGCCGGGACGGAGAGAGCCGCACAGACCCAGAACAGGGGGAUGAGGAUGAAGGAGGGAGCUCACAUUAACCGCUCCAUGCUGGCCUUGGCUAACUGCAUCAAUGCGCUGAGCGAGAAGGGUGGGAAAGGCGCCCAGUUCGUCAAUUAUAGGGACAGCAAGCUCACCCGCUUGCUUAAGGACGCUCUUGGUGGGAACAGCAGAACGGUCAUGAUCACGCACAUAAGCCCAGCCAGUACUAACUUCGAAGAGUCUCGAAACACUCUCAUCUAUGCAGACAAGGCAAAGAACAUCAGAACUAAGGUGAAACGCAACCUGCUGAAUGUUUCCUACCAUAUAGCCCAGUACACGAGCAUCAUCGCAGACCUGCGCAAAGAGAUCGAGAGAUUAAGAGCCAAGAUAGACGAACAAGGUCACGAGCAGCAGAAGAAUAGAGACAAGGCUGAUAUACGUGAUGUUCAAGCGGAGGUGCAGAAGCACUCGGCCGAAUACAGUCGCCGGGAGAUGGGUCGACUGCGCGAACAGCUGCUCUGUGCCUUCCGGGAGCAGAUGGAGAUCCGCCGUAGCCUCAUGGAGCUGGAGAAAUGCAACAUGGAGCUCCACAUUGUCAUGUCCAGGCACCUGGUCACCAUCACAGACUGGGAAAGGGAGAAGGCCAGGUGUGCCAAGAAGUGGAGGGAGGAGAGGCGCAGUGAGAAAAUGGACAAAGACAGGGAGUGGGACAGUGGUGCUGAAGAGCUGGACUCUACUGAGCCCCAGGACGUGUUGGCGGCCCGGGAAGAGAUUGCAACGCUCCUGGCAGAGCAGAGGAAAACCACGGUGCUGAAGUCGGACUUGGAGGAGAAGCUGGCGAGCAUGAAAAUGAAGUCGUCCAAGAUGGAGGAGUUGCUGCCGAAGCGGAUCAGCAACGAGGAGCAGCGGGAGAUCCUCGCCCUGCUGUGCCGGGUGCACGAGCUAGAGGUGGAGAACACGGAGAUCCGGUCUAUGGUGCUGUGCAAGGAAAACGCCCUGCGCACCAAGGACUUUGUCAUCCAGCGUUAUGACCAACACAGGUCGCUCUGCGAUGAGAUCAUACAGCAGCAAAAAACCAUCAUCGAAGACUAUGAGAUCCCAGUGCCACAUGAGCUCGAGCAGCUGUAUACGCUGUACUUCAAUGAGCUGAGGGAUGGGAGCAUCGACCAGAUUCUCAGUCUCCACACCAUCACUUCGAGCACAAUGCUGGAUGGAUCAAUAUUAGAUAUUGCCAAACAGAUGAAACUGGGAGAUUUGAUCCCUGACAAGGACAAGGACGAUCUUACCCCUAGGACAGUGGUUCAAGAGAACAGGAAAAGCAUGUCCUCAAGAAAUAAGAACAAACUUCCUUCUUUGGUGCCGGAUCAUGAAAGUGAAUCCAACAAGGUGUUCAAAUCCACUACCAAGUCCCAUCAACUGAAGCGCGGCCACAUUUUCUCAAGCCCCACUUCAUUAAAUCAGCUUAUUCAGUUGAAGGGCAUCAAUAGACCCCCUGAGGGUAUCAGCCCCGAGACUAUGAAGGCGAUUGCCUCUGACACCAAGAGCAUCUCCGUGGUGGCGGCCAGGAGGCGGUCGCGGAUACACAACGUGGAGUCGGGCAGCAGUCUCUUCAGGGCCAAGGAGCGGAGCCUGGUGUCAGUGCAAUCCCUCGAGGAGGCCGAGGAGUCGGACAGGGCUGCUUCGGAGCCCCAUGGAACCCCCGGCAUCGUCACGGUCCAGCCGGCCAUCAGCAUGGACAGUCUGGCCAUCCGUACCCCAGAAGGCCUGGAGGUCAAGAGGCUGCCGCUCCGGGUGCCAGGAAGCUCCCAGUCCAGCUCCAAAAAGGAGCUGCAGAGAGCUGACAGAGGGAUGGCCUCCAUCGAGAGGCGGGCUCGGAAGAAGCGCUCAAAGUCCUUUGAGGCCAACUUGAAACGGAAACCCAAGAUCAGCACUUCGAGGAACCCUGUUCUUGAGAGCAUUUCGGAUAACAGACUUGCGCGACACAUACAAAACUCGAACCAGUUUUCGCUAAAGAAAGGGGGAAAUCCUUCGCCACCACUGCCAGCAACAAAUAAAAAAUUAAAUGGAAUUAAAUAUCCCAUCUCUCAUCACAAAGGCGAAAGCCACAUCCUGAAGCUGGAGAUGCGAGGCACCCCGCCCUGCACCGUGCUCCAGAAGAACGCCGAGGGCAGAAGAGGUCAGACCCUGCACAAGCGAGUCAGAGGCCCGUCAGAGUUGUCAGGCACAAACAAGCUCCUACUGCAGCCUGGGAAUUUCAAGCGAACCCUCCCCGGCACGAGGCACAAAGGAGCAAGCAGCCAAAGUGACGCCCGCCACAGGAACGGACUCUUCUGACUGUGGCUGCUUUUAAUGGGAGCGCACUUUUCAUUUAAAAAUAGCACUUAUGAACAUACGUAAUAUUCCUUUUCGCUGACUUUUGUUAUUUGCCGUGUGUUUAGAAAUAGAUAUUAUAUGCUGUGUACUGUGGCUCUAAUAGUUGCGUAAUCAUGUGGUAUAAAGUAUCUUUCUUUCCGUUCAUUUUUUGUUUAGCUUGUCAAAAUUUUUGUAAUAUAUUUGUAUUGAGUAUA